CCUCCUUUUCUUGUUCAGUUCUCUACAAUGAAGUUCACAAUUCUGCAAGUUUAUGCAUUUCUCUCUCUAGCGCUUGUAGGAAGUCAUGCUGUGAGUCCUGAGGUGUAUUGGAAGUCAGUUUUGCCAAACAGUCCUAUGCCAAAAGCAAUCAAGGAUCUUUUAUAUAUUAAAGCAUGGGAUGAUAGCAAGGAAAAAGCUUCCAUCGACUCUACAUCUAUGAAUAGCAAGCUAAAAGAUCAACCCUACCAGUUUUACACCUAUGGUGCAUCCAAGGAUGAGGUAAAAGAUCAACCCCAACAAGGUUACAUCUAUGGUGCAUCUAAGGAUGAUGUAAAGAAUCAACCCCAAAAAAGUUAUAUUUAUGGUGCAACCAAAGAUGAGACAAAAGAUCAACCCUACCAGUUUUACACCUAUGGUGCAUCCAAGGAUGAGGUAAAAGAUCAACCCCAACAAGGUUACAUCUAUGGUGCAUCUAAGGAUGAUGUAAAGAAUCAACCCCAAAAAAGUUACAUUUAUGGUGCAACCAAAGAUGAGACAAAAGAUCAACCCUACCAGUUUUACACCUAUGGUGCAUCCAAGGAUGAGGUAAAAGAUCAACCCCAACAAGGUUACAUCUAUCGUGCAUCUAAGGAUGAUGUAAAGAAUCAACCCCAGAAAAGUUACAUUUAUGGUGCAACCAAAGAUGAGAUAAAAGAUCAACCCCAACAAGGUUACAUCUAUGGUGCAUCCAAGGAUGAGGUAAAAGAUCAACCCCAACAAGGUUACAACUAUGGUGCAUCUAAGGAUGAUGUAAAGAAUCAACCCCAAAAAAGUUACAUUUAUGGUGCAUCCAAGAAUCAACUAUCCAAGAAUCAGCAAGAACACGACCAGAUGGUAAACUUAUUGUUCUUGGAAAACAACUUGCAUCAAGGAGAAGAACUGAAGUUGCAUUUUAUAAAGAACUACCACAAAACUGGAUUUCUACCGAAACACAUCUCUGAUUCGAUACCCUUUUCCUUAAAAGAUAUUCCUCAAAUCUACAAUAAGUUUUCAGUUAAACCUGACUCACUGGAAGCCAAAAUCAUGAAGCAGACACUUAGUUUAUGUGAGGUCAAGGGCAUUGAAGGUGAGGAAACAUUUUGUGUAACUUCAUUAGAAUCCAUGGUCGAUUUAUCUACCACAAAAUUAGGUAAAAAGGUGAAAGCUCUUUCUACAGAGGUGAAUGCUAAAGAAAGCACCCCAUCACAAACGUACAAGAUUGAGUUUGUCAAAAAGCUCAUAGUAAAUAAAGCUUUGAUUUGCCAUAGGCAAAACUAUGCUUAUGCUGUCUUUUAUUGCCACACAAUCAUUGGUACUGAAUCAUAUGUGGUAUCUUUAGAGGGUGUAGAUGGUACCAAAGUGAAAGCUGUGGCUAUUUGCCAUACCGACACCACGAAAUGGAACCCGAAAUCUUUGGCAUUUGAAGUUCUUAAAGUGUCUCCAGGAACUACGAUUUGCCAUUUUCUACAUGAAGAGCAUGUUAUUUGGGUUCCAUAUUAAUGAAGAAACACAUGCCAUAUAUAUAUAUAUAUAUAUAUAUAUAUAUAUAUAUAUAUAUAUAUAUAGUGUGUGAUUGUGCGUGCUUCAAGAAUCUCUAAGCUCGAGUGGUGAUGCUACUUAUUAUUGUAACUUUCCUUAUGUAUGGGUAAUGUGACAGUUCAUGUAAUUAAAGAAAUAAAAUUGUCUUCUUAAUUA